AUGCGGCUCUGGAGCUCUGCGCUGUUCAGGGAGCUGCUGCGGCUCAGCCAGUCCGGUGGGGCCGGAGGCUCCGCGCUCAGGCGCCCGCCAGCCCCUUUCGCUGCGGCCGUCUGGAGCGCCGGCUCGCUCCCCAACCCCCGGCCGGGGCUGCUGCCGCCGCCGCCCGCCCGCAGCGUCUGCACUCGCUCGGAGGGGGCCCUGCAGGAGCCCGGCAAGGGGCCGCCGCUGUCCGCCAGGGCGCCGCCCGCCGACAGCGGCAACAACAACAACUACAACGGCGGCCAGGAGCUAGCCGGAGGCGGGGGGGACAAUAAGAUGAAGCAAGGUCUCUUGCCUAGCUUGGAAGAUUUGCUGUUCUAUACUAUUGCAGAAGGGCAAGAAAAAAUUCCAGUUCAUAAGUUCAUUACUGCACUCAAAUCUACAGGAUUGCGUACGUCUGAUCCACGGUUGAAAGAGUGCAUGGAUAUGUUAAGACUAACUCUUCAAACAACUUCAGAUGGCGUCAUGCUGGACAAAGAUUUGUUUAAAAAGUGUGUACAAAGCAAUAUUGUAUUGCUUACUCAGGCCUUCAGGAGAAAGUUCGUCAUUCCAGAUUUUAUGUCGUUUACUUCACACAUUGAUGAGCUGUAUGAAAGUGCUAAAAAACAAUCUGGAGGACAGGUUGCUGACUAUAUUCCACAACUGGCCAAGUUCAGCCCUGAUUUGUGGGGAGUGUCACUUUGCACAGUGGAUGGACAGAGGCAUUCUGUUGGAGAUACCAAAGUCCCCUUUUGUCUUCAGUCCUGUGUAAAGCCUUUGAAAUAUGCUGUUGCUGUUAAUGACCUUGGCACAGAGUAUGUGCACAGAUAUGUUGGUAAAGAGCCUAGUGGAUUAAGAUUCAACAAACUGUUCCUGAAUGAAGAUGACAGGCCUCACAAUCCUAUGGUGAAUGCUGGAGCAAUUGUGAUCACUUCCUUAAUCAAGCAAGGAGCAAAUAAUGCAGAAAAAUUUGACUAUAUGAUGCAGUUUAUGAAUAAUAUGGCUGGUAACGAGUAUGUUGGAUUCAGUAAUGCCACGUUCCAGUCUGAAAGAGAGAGUGGAGAUCGAAAUUUUGCAAUUGGCUACUAUCUGAAAGAAAAGAAGUGUUUUCCAGAAGGCACAGACAUGGUUGCUAUAUUAGACUUCUACUUUCAGCUGUGUUCUAUCGAAGUGACCUGUGAAUCGGCUAGUGUGAUGGCAGCAACUCUGGCUAAUGGUGGCUUUUGCCCAAUUACUGGUGAAAGAGUACUGAGCCCUGAAUCAGUCCGGAAUACCUUGAGUCUCAUGCAUUCCUGUGGCAUGUACGACUUCUCAGGACAGUUUGCCUUCCAUGUUGGACUUCCUGCAAAAUCUGGAGUUGCUGGUGGCAUUCUUCUGGUUGUUCCUAAUGUUAUGGGUCUGAUGUGCUGGUCACCUCCUUUGGACAAAAUGGGCAACAGCGUUAAAGGGAUUCACUUCUGUCAUGAACUGGUUUCUUUGUGCAAUUUCCAUAAUUAUGAUAACUUGAGGCACUUUGCAAAGAAGCUUGAUCCUCGCAGAGAAGGUGGUGAUCAGCGGGUGAAGUCUGUGAUAAAUCUCCUGUUUGCUGCCUACACUGGGGAUGUAUCUGCACUCCGAAGAUUUGCUUUGUCGGGUAUGGAUAUGGAGCAAAGAGAUUAUGAUUCACGAACAGCAUUGCACGUAGCAGCUGCAGAAGGUCAUGUGGAAGUGGUUAAAUUUUUGCUGGAAGCCUGCAAAGUGAAUCCUUUCCCCAAAGACAGAUGGAAUAACACUCCUAUGGAUGAAGCUUUACAUUUUGGACACCAUGAUGUAUUUAAAAUUCUUCAAGAAUUCCAGGUCCAGUACACACCUCCAGAGGAUUCCAGCAAUGGAAAGGAAAAUCAAACAGUUCAUAAAAAUCUAGAUGGCUUACUCUAACCAUCUGCAGCUAGAUCCCAAGAGUCAAAUCACUUACCUAUGUUAUUGUGGAAAAUGAGUAUGAAGAGCGUGUGUAUUUCUGUCUGACAGUGGUGUAUAUUUUACAGAAUAUUUCAUUUAUUUCAGUGUUACAGGAGUUUUCUUCAUGAUACGCAGCGGACAAACCCAAUCGCUCCAAAAAACAAAC